AUGGGGAAAUCCAAUCUUGACCUCGUCGGUGAAUGCGAUAACUUCCCUUAUUACGAGGACAAUCGCGCCGUCUACACUGAGAACUUGAACAAUUACCAUGCAUUCAAAGUAUCCGGCUACGACUGCACGCUCGGAUAUAUCCUGAACGCAGUCGUAGAGAAAUUCCCCUGGUCCGAGAACUGCUGGACCAUCGACUCAACCUCCCGCACCGUGACGCUAGUGACACCCGCGGAUGCCACCCCCGCACACCGCAGCAAGCUCGUCGCCGAGGACAUCGCCAACGCAGUAAAGCAAGGCAACUUCGAACUCCUCAAGGGAUGGCGAAACGAGAACUACCCCGUCUACGGACCAGGCGGAGAAUUCCUCCUCGAGAUGGAACGCGCCGCAUCCCCACUCUUCGGCAUCGUCUCCUACGGCGCCCAUCUAACAGGCUACGUUGAAGACGCAACCGGUUUCAAAAUCUGGGUCCCGCGUCGCGCAAAGAACAAGCAGACGUACCCAAGCUUGCUGGAUAACACCGUUGCAGGCGGUAUGUGCACCGGCGAAACGCCAUUCGAGUGUAUUGUCCGCGAAGCAAUGGAGGAAGCUUCAUUGCCGGAGUCUGUGGUGCGCGCUGCUACUGUUUCCAGGGGCUGUGUUACGUACUCGCAUGUGCGGGAUGUGCGGGCGGGCGGCGAGACGGGUCUUGUUCAGCCUGAGGUGGAGUAUGUUUAUGAUUUGAAGCUUGAUGCUGAGACGAUCCCGAGGCCCGGGGAUAAUGAGGUUGAGGAGUUUAAGUUGUUGUCUAUUGCUGAGGUGCAGGCUGCGUUGGCGCGGGGUGAGUUUAAGCCCAAUUGUGCGAACAUUAUGAUUGAUUUCUUUGUUCGCCAUGGGCUUUUGACGCCGGAGAAUGAGCCGGAUUUCUUGCAGAUUGUGGCUCGGUUGCAUCGUCGCUUGGAAUAUCCCACUGCUUCGCAUUGUGCUAGGUAG